AUGGACACAGAGGAUGGUCAAAUCUUCACAAGAAACUUGGCAUACUUCAUACGAACCCACGAGAAAGCGCUCGCAAAUGCUCUCCAGCUGCAGCGACAGGCGCCCAGAAAUGGGCAGGGCGCCGUGACCUCUCCCACUUCGCCCAUGGGUCCCGCCAGUCCUCCCACGUCUUCACCAUCGAGUGUCUGGGCAGCAGCUCUGUCUCUGCCCUCCCUCACGUUUACCUCGCAAACAAUCAAGCCUGCAAAGCUGACGCUAACUCCCCACCACCUGUUCUACAUCCUGUCGCGCUUCGAGGACCUGGGCAUACCCGUGGGCCCAAUGAACGUGCGACUGGAGAACAUACACACUGACGCUUCGCCAACUAACUAUGUGUCGUUCCUCGGCAACACCCAGCGAGGCAAGGCCAAGAAUUCGGACCGUGACUCCAUUCACUCUGUGUCCAGUGUUCGCAGUGUUAUGUCAGGCAUGUCCUCACUUUGGUCAUCCUUCCGUCUUGGGUCAAACAGUGCAGCCAAGGCAGAGAGGCAGAAAGCCCAACUCCAGGAAGACUUGAGAUACCUUUACUCUGCGUUCACCAAGAUUCCAUGCUUGAGACUUGCCCCAGACCAUAAAGCCCGUCUUAUAUCAGGGUACGAGGAGUUUCCGUUCGACAGCGCCGUGCCUUUGUUCGCUUUCAAGAACGUCACUGCACUUGAGAUCUACGAUGUAGACUUCCGCCAGUUCUACGGCUGGGACCGGCUGGCUGAAAAUCUGCGCAGUCUUACUGUUAAACGAGCAGGCGUUGACGACCCUGCUGACCUUCUCAUCAACGUUGUUCUUGACGACAUGGACAAGCGUCGCAGGCGGUCUGCCAAAGCUCCUGCUUCGCCAUCAGUUCCACUGCCCACUGCGAGCCCUUUCACAAAGCAUGCACAGUUAGCCCGGUCAGAUUCUCCACCUUCCUCUCCCACGGCGCCUAGUAAGCAGGGCUCAAGCUCAAGUCCAAGUCCGAGAAGUGCUGCGGCAACAGCGCGAGAGAAUGCUUCCAAAGUCUCCGCUGCCCAACGACAACGCAGCACGUCUCCAUCUCGACCAUCGAGUUCGCGUCAUGGUUCAGCCCAUAAUCACAGCAGAAGCAAUGCACCAAACAUCCGACGCUCGUCAGGAAGUUCGGCUUCGAGUGUGCGCUCGACAACGCCCAGGGGUAGCUCUUCCAAUCUCCUGUCGCUGGGCUGGUUUCCCUCGACUAAGUGGCGCUUUUUGAGACACCUGAGUCUGGCUGAUAACGCUCUCACCAACAUCUCAGUCACUAGUCUUGCUCCUUUGGCAAACACUCUCCAGUCUCUCGAUCUCUCCGCCAAUCUCUUUAGUGAGAUUCCCGACAGUCUGGCAACAUUGACUUGUCUGCGUGCACUCAAUCUUUCCAACUGCAUGAUCGACGGCCUACAGUCUCUGGGACGAAAUCCUCUUCCAGCCAUCACAACACUCAACCUUCGGUCGAAUCGGCUGACAUCGUUGGCUGGCGUCGAGCGCCUUUUGUCCCUAGAGCGCGUAGACUUUAGAGACAACAGGUUGACAGACCCCACAGAGGUUGCUCGACUCACUGGACUGCCUGACAUCUGUGAGAUAUAUGUGCAUCGAAAUCCGUUCUACAAGACGCACACAAGCUACCGCAUCACAAUAUUCAAUCUCUUCCGUAAAACGCCAGGUUACACCGAAGACAUUGUCAUUGACUCUACCGGGCCCAGCAAUGCUGAGAAAAGGUUGCUCGUUGAUCGUGCACCAGAACUGCGAGGGGUCCCCAUCGUCAAGCCUCCUCCGGAAGACGAGACACCUCCAUCUUCCUAUGUCCCUCCCAAGGUCGUCAAGUCUGUCGAUAUCCCUGUUAAUAGUCCAGAUGCUCUCGAUGCUCUCAAACGUACGGGCACGUUACAACGUACAAAGAGCUCGCGAAGUGCACAUGGAUCACAGAGGAAGAAGAAAGGACCCAAGCGCAGGAUUGUUGAAUUGUCACAGGCGGAGACUAUGCGGCAGCCAUCUGAAACCAGUUUUACCAGCCUUGCCUACGACGACAUGCCUACGGGAGAGGCUCCUAAGAUAAUCAAACCUUCCCAAGACGCAUAUGUGAACGACACGCCUCGCUUUAUGGAAUCACCGGAUGGACAAGUCUUGGGAGAUCCUAUGAAGAAGACAACACCAGAUGAGCGUGCUGAUACGGGACCGGCUCACGCUAUUCAUCAACAGUUGCCGCUGAUCGAUACUACGACAAAGAGUAACCCCCCUCAGUCACAAUCACAGCCGCAGCAACCCGAGUUUGACGUCAGCGAAGACAUGUACAAGAAGAAGAUCGAAGCCUUGCGACAGGACUUUGGCAACACCUGGCUCAGCGCACUUGGAGAUGACAAUUGGGAUUCGACAUCCGUGACUAGUUUCCCUUCUGAUCGAGCAUACAGUUCUCCAACUAUCCGGCCGACGGUACCUCGGUCGGCCAGUCAGAGCAUUGCCUCUGGUGGUCGCACGCUUGGAUGA